UGUCUUUCUGCAUGUCGAUACAGGAGUCUGCAGAGACUGCCUUUCGCCCUGCAUACGCCCGUCGGCAGCUUGUGCACUGCUGGAUUGCAUAGGAAAGUUAAAACAGUUUCUUGUCGUUUGAAGUGAAGACAGGGUCCGUGGUGUUUUACUGCGUGUGCUGCAAGCAUGAUGAUGCCUAUGCACUUCACAGCGUCCAGCAGAGUCAUGUUACUCUUUGAGUUCUGGGAUGUGAACGGACCUGCAGGGAUGGUGGUGUCUGUGCUGGUGGUCCUCCUCAUGACAGUUUUUUAUGAGCUCCUGAAGAUCUGGAAGGUUUCCCUGGACUCCAGAUCCAAGCCUCCCUCACUCCUCGACUCUGUCAGCCGCACGACGCUGGUGGAAACCGUCUCGGAGAGCUCUGCGUCCCCCGCUUCUCCGCAACACAGCUCCAGCAACAAGAGGUGGCUCCUGUUCCACGUCUUGCAGACUGUGAUCCACGUGGUCCAGGUGGUGCUCAGCUACAUGCUGAUGCUCUGCAUCAUGUCCUACAACGUGUGGAUCUUCCUGGGUGUGGUGGUGGGCUCUGGGAUCGGCUACUUCGUGGCGUACCCCCUGCUCAUCCGGCUCUGAGGGGGUUCAGUGCUGGCUGUGCUAUUCAAAGAGCGGUGGAGACACACACACACACUAGUGCAGCAGAUUCUCCGAGAGAGUUUGCGUGCAUCGCUCUGCCAGCGUUCUGGAGAAGGGAGGUCUCUGCCCGUGUGUCUCGCUAUUGAGCCAGUUGGAUCUGUGAUGCAUUAACUUCGUGGGUGUUUUUGAAUCAGUUAACUGUUCAGGUUAUAGAGCAAUGUUUUUAUUUUAUUUUAUCGCAGCGGUCCACACAUGGCUGUGAGCUCGCUUGGAGGACUCUCUUUGUUUUGUUGUUUGUUUGUGCUUCCUGAAAAAAAAAAAAAACUCUAACCUUUCAAGUUUGUUAGCUCAGCCUGCUUCUAUCCACUGCAAUCCAAUCUGUCUGAACUUUACAGUGCCAGACCUGUCCUCAGAUUGAAGGCAUUGCUACAUUUGAUCAUUUUGUAAACUAUUACCUGAUCUUAUUUUUUUAAUUUUUUUAAAUCUAAUCCUGGUCCUACUUUAUUACCCCACAGAAUCUGUGCCUUAUCACUUGUCCAAUUUCCAAAUGGUUUUCCACAUUGAGAAUGAAGGCAGGCAGACCAUGUAGGUCUCAUUCUAGCUGUGGAAGACGCUCUCGCUGUGUUUUUAACGUGACAAUGACUUGCACUACGACUGAAUGAAAGUGAUCAUGUGAAGCUGCCCUGUGAGUUGAACCGUGCUCCUCAGUGGGUGAAAGUCUCACCGCUGUGCUUCUGCGAGCAGGGUCGUGUUCUUGUAAAAGGGCUUGCACAGCUGUACAGGUACACUGUAUGUUCCCUCAAGGGCUGAACAGAGUACUGCUGCCUGUCUGUGUUUUAUUAAGAUCUUGCAUUGUGUGUAAAUGUUGGUUUCUAAAGAGUGUGGGAAAUUGUAUAUUUAAAUUAAAAUGUGUUUUAGAAUAAUGAUAAAAUAAAAUCAUGUUGAUAAGAAAGCCUACAGCAUAUUUAAAAUGGCUGUGUUUUUAAUAAAUUGCCUUGCUAUACCAGAUGGAGAUAGCUAUGAGCAGUGUGCACAUCAUUUGGGGGAGGGUGGGGGGGUGUUCAACAGCAGAUACAACUGAUGCAACACCUGGUGUGUGUGUGUGUGUGUGUGUGUGUGUGUGUGUGUGUGUGUGUGUGUGUGUGUGUAUCCCCAAAAAGGGAUAUCCCAUUGCAAAUAAAGAUGAAAGUAGGUGGUUUUCAAAGGAAAGCAGAAUUCAGCCACAACGCUUAGUUCAUUAAGAGCUCGAUAGGACUGGCGUGCUGGGAGACCCUUCGUCAGUUUGAAAUGGUACAUUUGCUUGUUGUUGCUUGUGAACCCUAAUAAAUUGAAUGGCUAACGUUUCGAGGAGAUGGCUUUGCCUCGUGAAGCGCUGCUCCCGGAGUGUUUAAGUUCACGCUCCCUGGUGUUUUAAUGGUCCCAGUCCCAUUCUUUCUGUAUAGAAUGUUCACUGAUCACAUUACCUUUGAAUAUAUUGUUGUGUAAUAAAGCAAUGCAUUUCAAUGAGAGCGCAGUAGAACAGAUCUGCAGUUACCUGAGCUUGCACACCUGUACUAUUGAUCUACAGUGCAUUGUACAGUAGCUGCAUCAUCAUCACCACCAAAUACAGACUAUAGAGUCAUGACGGACAGGCACGCAGUACAAGGGGAACCAUUUAUUAUAGGUAUACUUGUAUGACAUAUUUAAUAGUGUUUUUUAAAGGGCAGUCACAAGAGGUUAACAAAUAUUAUAAAACAGGUGAACAGCUUGAAUCUUUCCAAAAAAAAAAGAAGCAAUUGGGAAAAAAAAAACACAUGGUGUGUGAUACAGAACAAACACAAAUAAGAAAGGCGACAUUAUCGCGAACGUGAACUCGACAUUGCGAUCAAGCAAACACUGCAUUAUUAUCACAACAGGGGAGUGAGGACAAAAGAUACACAAUACACAGUACGGCAAGGUCCCAUCCAGGAUCUUGUCCAUUAUAAAGAACCAUUCCACUCGAUUUGACCCCUGGACUUUAAACAAAUAAAUAAACACGUGUUAUAUAACAAGCAAACGGUGCCCCAAAGCAGUGUCCUGCAACCAGAAUUAUACUACAGCUUCGAUUUAUUAGGUGAAAGGUUUUGCAUUCGAGCCAAGAGGCCACUAACCAUUGAUUGAAUUAUAUUGCAAAACUGGAAUCAGCAAUCUUCAUACAUGUGCAAAGAAAUAUUGUUUCAUUUUACUACAAACAAAGCCGCUUGUUACAUAUCGUUCUCCCAUCUUGAACAUAUUCGACAGCCUGCCUGAAUCUUCCGGUGUCUUUCGCUUCGGUAACGGGAAUGUGUGUGUGUUACAUUUUAAGUGGUCCCUUGCCCCAGCUAUUUUUAAUGUGUUUCUACCGGGUGAUCAAGGCCUUCAUUUUAUUUGUGGAGUGCUCUGUGACAAACUGCAGUCAGGUACAGGACACACGCACAAAGCUGACGCACGCCGCAAGCAGGUGAUCACACCCCUGGUCAAAUUCAAUGGAACGAUUCUGAAACAUCUGGUCCAACGUUGAAACACUUUUGAAUAAAAAAAGAGA